AUGUAACAAGGAUUCUUGUAGUAACAAAAUGGAUAUUAUGAUGAUGUCCCAUAAAACAAAAGUGAAUCCUAGGAGUAAAAAACAACCUUAAUGGAAUGGUUGGCCAUUGUUGGAUUGAUAAUGUUAACAUAUAUGGUUAUUAUAUUCAUUUGGAUUGUGUGUAUGGCUGGUAUACAUAAUAAUUUUGAAGCCACAGUCAUUUGCUUUAUGGUCAUCUUUUUUUGUAUUUACAUCCCAGGAAUUGGAUAUUUCUGGUAUAAUGGAUUGCAAGUGAGAACACAACUAAUAUAAGAUUUCAUUAACAAAAAAUUAUAAGAAAAUCAAUUGGAAAUUGGAGGAAGAGUUUGAUUAAUUUAAAUUCAAUAUAAUAACUAUGCCAAUUCAUGACGAACUCCUA